UUGUAUCACAGCUGUAGUGAGGCGAGUAUACAAGGAGAAAUCUGGGGAAAACUCGGUUCCGGGAAAAGCCAGUAUGUGCUAACGGUAGCAUUAGCUCUAAGUUAUGCCGGUGGCUCCCGAUGUUGAGCAGUACAGUGGACUCAGAGCUCCAUGGUAGCUCGGUAAUCCUAAGCUUUACAUAUGGCCUGUGAGAAAGAAAUAUGGCGAAAGAUUGGAGAGGGCUUUGUCCAAGAAUAUUACAACCAGUUUGACAAUACCAACAGAAUGGGACUGGGUAACCUCUAUUCUGCUGAUGCUUGUUUGACAUGGGAAGGGUCACCUUUUCAAGGGAGAGACAACAUUGCAGCCAAAUUAGCAAACUUGCCAUUCAAGCGUAUUAAGCAUGUUAUCACAGAACAAGACUUCCAACCUACAAUAGAUAGUUGCAUCCUCAUCAUGGUGUUCGGACAGUUACAGGUAGAUGAUGAUCCACCAAUGGCCUUCCAUCAGGUUUUUAUGCUGAAGUCCCAGAACUGUGCAUGGGCUUGCACAAAUGAUGUAUUCCGGUUGGGGGUGCACAAUAUACCAGUUUAGCUGUCUGGAUUUUGUUGCGUGAUACACACCGACACCCAGCUCAGAAUGCAUACUAUGGUCAUUCUGUCAUCACUGAGAAUGCAAGGGAUUACAAUACAUCUGCAAGAAUGCUACUGUUUGUACAAGACAUGUCAAAUUGCAUUCCUGUUCAAUAAAACCAAUGUAUUUGUGUGGA